UUUUCUUUAACCCUUUUUCGAAUAUAUAAAGAGUUCCUUUUCCCUUUUCAUUCGCCACUCUUUAACUCCACGGUGCAGAUCCGAGGAGUUUCCCCCUUCGCCGCUAUCUCUUCAUUCUUUCGCUUCUCUCAACUCUUCAACGCUCAUUACCAGUGAUGGCAGGUUUGGCUCCAGAAGGAUCACAAUUUGAUGCUAAUCAUUAUGACACUAAGAUGAAUGAACUGCUUGCCAGUGAUGGGCAAGAAUUCUUCACCUCAUAUGAUGAAGUCCAUGAUAGCUUUGAUGCAAUGGGGCUGCAAGAAAACCUUCUGCGAGGCAUAUAUGCUUACGGUUUUGAGAGGCCUUCUGCAAUCCAGCAAAGAGGAAUUGUUCCUUUCUGCAAAGGUCUGGAUGUGAUUCAACAGGCUCAGUCAGGAACUGGGAAGACAGCCACGUUUUGUUCUGGAAUUUUGCAGCAGCUCGAUUACGGAUUGGUUCAGUGCCAGGCUUUGGUUUUGGCCCCUACAAGGGAGCUAGCUCAACAGAUUGAGAAGGUCAUGCGAGCUCUUGGCGAUUUCCUUGGUGUUAAGGUUCAUGCUUGUGUUGGUGGGACAAGUGUUCGUGAGGAUCAGCGCAUUCUCCAGGCUGGUGUUCACACCGUUGUUGGCACUCCAGGACGUGUGUUUGACAUGUUGCGGAGGCAGUCUCUUGUCUCAGAUCGCAUAAAGAUGUUUGUUCUGGAUGAGGCUGAUGAAAUGCUUUCACGUGGUUUCAAGGAUCAGAUCUAUGACAUCUUCCAGCUGCUUCCAGGAAAAAUUCAGGUUGGAGUAUUCUCUGCUACAAUGCCACCUGAAGCCCUUGAGAUUACCAGGAAAUUCAUGAAUAAGCCAGUGAGAAUUCUGGUAAAGCGUGAUGAGCUGACUCUUGAGGGUAUCAAGCAAUUUUAUGUCAAUGUUGAUAAGGAAGAAUGGAAGCUAGAGACAUUAUGUGACCUCUACGAGACUCUGGCAAUCACUCAGAGUGUCAUUUUUGUGAACACAAGGCGCAAAGUGGACUGGCUCACCGACAAGAUGCGAAGCAACGAUCAUACAGUCUCAGCCACUCACGGUGACAUGGACCAGAACACUAGGGAUAUCAUCAUGCGCGAGUUCCGGUCUGGCUCUUCUCGAGUUCUCAUUACCACCGACCUUUUGGCACGUGGUAUUGAUGUGCAACAAGUGUCUUUGGUCAUAAACUAUGAUCUCCCAACUCAACCUGAAAACUAUCUUCACCGCAUAGGUCGUAGUGGUCGAUUUGGAAGGAAAGGUGUUGCUAUAAACUUUGUGACCAUGGAUGAUACCAGAAUGCUGGCUGAUAUUCAGAAAUUCUACAAUGUGAGUAUAGAGGAGCUGCCAUCAAAUGUUGCUGAUUUACUCUGAUGAGUUAAUUUUUGUUCUAUGUUAAGUCAUCAGGGAUUUUGCUCUUGGACAAGUACUAUCUUUUGAAUUUUAUUUAUUUAUUUAUUUAUUUUACUCAUUAUUAGACUAUUAGAGAUCAAACACAAGUGGUCUGAUGCAAUUUGUAUUGGGAUUCUAUCAAAUUUGUUUGAUUAAUUAGUUAACAGGGUGCUCAUAUUUCUAUCUC